AUGUCCCAGGGAGAAGCAUCUACAGCUCAGAGCGGGUCGUCUCCCGCAAACGAAAGCGAUACCCGACACCUCAAGUCGUUUCACAGGUAUUUGAAAAAGGCACGCAAGGUGCUGUGUAUUGUUGGAGCUGGAUUGUCCCAGAGCUCGGGGAUCCCGACGUACCAACUGCAGCGAGGCUCGUGGAAGGGCUACACUUCGCUGGACCUCGCCACGCCCGAGGCGUUCGACGCUAACCCAGGUCUUGUGUGGUUGUUCUACUCAAACAGAAGAUACAUAGCGAUGAGAGCCAAGCCCAACAGGGGUCAUUACGCGCUGGCGGAGCUGGCGAAGAGGAUGCGCGAACGCCGCAGGAGCGUUCUUGUGGUGACGCAGAAUGUGGACGGUCUGCAGCGGCGAGCGGGCCAGGCGGAACAGGAUCUGUGCGAGCUGCACGGCAGCCUCUUCGAUCUGCGCUGCACCUCGUUCUUCUGUACCUACAAGGGCAGCAACACCAGAGACCUCUUCCUGACGCCCAAACUGCGAGAGUUCACCCCCAGAGACGUCGGCGUCAAGAGAAAACGCGCCGCAGAGCUCGAAAGGUCCGCCAAGCGCGCCAGGCGGGGCCCGGCGGGCCCCAGCGGCGCCACCGCCAGCCAGGCAAGCGAACCGGAGGAAACCGCCAGCUCCUCAGACUUCGAUCCGCUUCCUCACCUCGACCAGGAAGACCUUCCGCACUGUCCAAAGUGCAAAACGGGGCUGCUGAGACCGGGAGUGGUCUGGUUCGGAGAGCCGCUGCCCCUGCUACAGAUGGAUAAGGUAGACGCCUUCUUCGUGCAAGGAAACGACGACUCGACGACCCCGAUCGACCUGGUGCUGGUGAUCGGCACCAGUGGCAAGGUUUGGCCCGCCAUGGGCUACGUCGAGAGAUGCAAGCAGAACGGCGGCAGAGUCGCCGUCUUCAACACCAAGAUCGACGACCUCGACCUCGUCAAUCGAGACAACGCUUCCUGGGCUUUCCAGGGCGAGGCCUCCUACUGGCUCCCACGGGCUCUCGAGCCCAUAAUAGGCAAGAUCUACGGUCCGUCUUCUCGAAGACACUACGGCACAGCACUGCCCUGA